AUGAUAAGACUGUCUAUACGUAGGUUGCAUAAUGUAUCUAGGGGUUCAGAAACUAUUCCAUAUGUACCAGUACCCAAGAAUAAAUAUAAUAUCAAAAGGUCAGCAUUCAACUUUAAACCUCAAGCACAACCGGGGUUGAUAUACAACCCACCAGCAGCAAUAAUAAACCCAUCGAUGCAAACUCCAUAUAUUUUUCUACCUCAAAAUGACCCAAGACGAGAAUUGGCGAAAGCUAAUCGUAUACCUGAUGAGAUCAUUGCUGAUAUGCCUAUAAUAAGGCAAUUCAAAGCACCAAAUGAAAGAGAGUAUAGUAUAUCAAGAGAAACCGUAGAGGAGAUGAAGAAGUUGGCGGCACAAGAUCCCGAGCGGUGGGAUUUAAAAGCAUUGAGUAAAAAAUUUAAUAUCGAAAUGAGAAAAUUGAUAUAUUUCUUUAGGACUGAACAUCAAAGGGCUAAGAAGUUGCAAAACUUACAAGAACUGGGAAAGUUACCAAAACAUAUACUUGAUAGACAAAAGAGGAGACAAAUAAAAUCGGGGCAGAAGUCGCAGCAGCAGCCGCAACUGCAUCAGUAUAGAAAGAAGGGUGGACAACAACACAAUAAUGACAGACCAAGAUCGGAAGGACCUAAAAGAGAAGCUAUACUAGACUUGAAUAAAUAUAAAGGUCAAGAAAUCAGAGUAAGAUGUGUAGGCGGAAGACAAAUUACUGGUUACCUUAAAGGAUUUGAUCAAUUGAUGAACCUUGUGCUAGAAGAUGUGGUGGAACAAUUAAGAGAAGGAUUGAAUCAACUACCUGUUGAGGAUACUAUAAUAGAGUGUCAUGGUGGACACACGUAUAAAGGAUAUAGGUUUUUGGGCAAAAUCUGCGGAGUUUCCAUAGUUAGAGCUGGUGAAUCAAUGGAAAUGGGAUUAAGAGAUUGUUGUAGGUCAGUCAAGAUUGGGAAAAUAUUGAUACAAAGAGACGAAGAAACGGCUUUACCCAAAUUAUUUUAUGAAAAACUACCUCGAGAUAUAAGCGAUCGUUACGUGUUUUUGCUUGACCCAAUGUUGGCUACUGGUGGGUCAGCAAUGAUGGCAAUUGAAGUUUUACUAGCUCGAGGAGUGAGAAUGGAUAGAAUUUUUUUCUUAAACUUGUUGGCUGCUCCAGAGGGUAUUAGAGCAUUCCGUAGUAAAUAUCCUGAUGUGAAAAUCAUAACUGGUGGAAUUGAUGAGAGGUUGGACGAGGAUAAGUAUAUUGUACCUGGUUUGGGCGACUUUGGCGAUAGGUAUUACUGCAUUUGA